AUAGUCUAAUGGAAAUUCGACUAAGGCACUUGGCUUUUGCCGCUGUUCUCUGUACACUUUGCUACUAUGCCAAUGGACAAGGACUCAAUGACCCAAUUACUCAAUAUAUCGAAGGAAGGUUAGGAAAUCGACGUAUUUUCUGGUGUCCAAGUGGUUAUGGAUAUCUUGCAUUCUGUCCUCAACCAACAGAUUGGGAUAACUACAAUUGGUGUUGUACAUUCCCAUAUAUGGGAUCAUGGAAACCCUCAUGCUGUCAAUUUGCCAUUCCUACUGGAGCUGUCGUGGCUAUUAUUUUGGCAGCAAUUGUUUUACUGCUGGUUCUGAUUGCAAUGUCUUGCUGGUGCUGUUGGUGUUGUCCGCUUUACAAGCAACUUUACGACUUUGAAGAUGAGUAGAUAAAUCUUUUUAAAAUUUCUUUCUCUUUGAAAUAUUUUAUUUUUGUUUCAUUUUUGAAAUUUCCUCCCUUAAAAACUAAAUUUUGAACCCUGAAACUGCCUCGCAGACCGACUUUUUCCCCGUUGACCCUGCCAUACAUUUUAUUAAUCAACUAAUUUCAUGUCUUCCGACCCAAAUUCCAUGAUCCUCCAUGCGCACACUCAUUUAUACCGCCUUUUUGGGUAAUUCAUUAAGUUUUUGAGCUCACAUGAGUUCUUUAUUUGGCUGAAUUAUUUAUUACUGAUGAUCUGUCGGUGUAUCUUUCUGUUUUCCCAUUUCAUGUUUCCUAUUGUUUAACUUUAAUUUCUGCUGUGAUAUAUAUGCUUAUAUGUUUCAUUUCAGUUCUUCUAGAACGUUAUUUUUCCAUUUCUUUCUGCUCAAUUCCUGAACAAAUAUCUAUGUUGUUUGUUGGUUAGAAACAACUAUAAAAAAAUAAAUGAUUGAAACUUA